AUGACAAGAUCAACGCCAAUUUCGAAUACUACAUCGCCGAUUCCUACUAGCACUACAGGAUUCACCGAUACUGUUGCUUCCUCGGCUCCAAUUAGCAACAGUUCGGUAUCCACUAGUUUUACUGUUUCCUCGAUUCCUACCAGUACUUCAGGAUUCAACAGUAGUGUUGCUUUCUUAACUCCUAUAAGCACUACAGGAUUCAGUGGCUAUUUUGUUUCUCAGGUUCCAAAUAGCGACAGCUCGGUAUCCACCAGUAUUGCCGCUUCAUCAGCUUCAACUAAUAACUCAGGUUUCCGUCGUAUUACUAGUUCUUUCAAGCCAGUAGGUACUUCAACUGUCAGUGAUGGUGAUUCAACUUCUACUCUGUUAAUUACUCCGAAAGAAGGGGUUGCAGAUAGCUUCGUUAGUUUCCCUAAUGUUACAUAUUCGAGUGCUAGUUCUUUUCUUCCUUGGCCAAAACUUUCAGCUAAUUUCUCCGACACUAGGUACGGGAACUCUUCCGCUAAUGGUUUCGUGACGGCUUCGACUCCUAUUGCUUCUAGCAGGAUUCUUAGUGCUACUGUAGUUUCCAGUUUAUCUAGCAAUUCACAUUGUAAUGCUAGUAAUACUUCAAAGCUUAGUUCACAAGCCGCUAGCGCUAGUAGCCAAUCGUCGAUUAUUGAUUCUGUUGCAUCAGCAGGAUCAAAAGUUUCUUCUUUUUUGGUCCUCUUUGUUUCCUUUGUUAGUCUCUGGAUACUUGCUUGA